AUGACUAAUGUUAAUCCAGAUUUAGAAUCGAAAGAACUCUUCUAUCUAACACAAAAUAUACUUGAAUUAGAUUCUGUAUCAAAAAUAUUAUUACCUUCGCUUCGUGCAACACAAUUACCAGCACAACAAACUAUUGUUAAAAUUGAAAGUUAUCAAUCAAAUGAUUGUGCUACUCAUAUGUCAAUCUUUUUUGAACAUGGUAUUACUUCAAUACGAGAUUAUAUACUUAUAGAAAUUAUUGCCGAACUCAUACAAGAAUCACUUGAAGAUUAUUUACAAACAGCUGGUCCAAAUCAUUUUACAUGUAAUGUAACACUUCGUGAUACCUAUGGUAUUAUUUCACUUCAAAUUGAAUUAAUGUUUUCAUCUGAAAUUUAUAAUUCAAUGGAUGUUGUUGAUUUUGUAUCAAAAUUUUUUGUUCAUUUUAAAGAUCUUAUUAUGGAAACAACAACAGUAGAAUUUGAACGACUUUUAAGCAUGUUUCGAAAUGCAAAACAAAGUAUGGAUAAUUCUCUACAAGCAUGUGUUGAUCGAUAUUGGACUGAAAUUAUAUUAAAUUCAUUUAUAUUUGAUCGAAAUAAUCAAGAACGUAAUGCUCUUGAUAGUUUAACUGUAACUGAUAUGCAAGAAUGGUAUAAUGAACAUAUAUUUGCAUCUACUUGUCGUCAGUUAAUUAUUAUUGUAUGUCCUAAUGAUGAAAUGAAACGAACAUCAUCAGGUAUUAUGUCGACUAAUAGAGUAUCAAAUGUUUCAUAUGAUAAUCAACGAAAUCAAUAUAGUACUCGAUCAAGUGCUGGCAUACCAAUAGAACGUCUUCCAAGACUUGUACGUCGUCAAGAUUUAUUGGAAGAAGAUGAUGAUGAUGAUGAUGGACAUAUAUCGUUAUUACAAUCAAAAUCUGAAUCUAAAUUACGUUGUCUAACAACAAAACGAAAACAUAAUAUUGAUUUACGUCCAACAAAAAGUGAAACACUUCAUUUAAAUAAACCAUUCGAUUAUUCAAAUGAGACAAUGAAACUUGAUUAUAUUAUUAAAUCAUUUGAAUCAAUCGAAAUUAAUGAUGAGCAUAAUACAAAUCAAUAUGGAAAAACAUUAAAAAUAUUAUUUGAAUCUGACUCUGAUGAAUCGAAAAACUCUUAUGUUUAUAUAAAUAAUUUAAAACAAUUUAAAGAAUCAUGUUUACUAUAUAAUGUUACAUGUAUUAAAUAA